AUGUUAAUGUUUGGUUUGAGAUCAUUAUCUGACUUUUGUAAUCCCACAUCAAAAACAUACAAAGAAAAUGCAUUUGAUGCCUUGGACAGAGGUGCCGUAGAAUCCAUAAAGAAUGCAGUAGUUAAUUAUAAGGAUGAUGAUGAUAUUCUUUUCUGUUCAAGCAGAGUAUUGUAUGCCAUGUCUGAUUAUUGUUGCUCUGAGAAAGAUUCAGAUGCAUUACAAAAGUUAAUUUCAGAUGGUGGUGUAAACGCCAUAGUAGAAAUUAUUAAAACGGUUCCCGCAGAUCAAGACACAUUAAAAAAUUGUAUUCUAUUUAUACAGAAUAUGAACGACUCAAAUGUUGAAAUAGGGGGAGGAGAACUCGGUGUUUCCCUAUUAAAUGUGUUUACAUCAAGCACCUAUAAUGUGAAGUUGGGGAAUGGAAUAGCAUCCGCUUUGUCUAUUGCCGCUAAAUCCGCUACAGCUUCAAAGGCCUUAAAUGAUGAAGGAGCACAUCACAAAUUAAUAGACCAUUGUCUAUCCUUUCAGACUAUAAAUGACGAUACUGCAGAAAUCAUUGAGGGAGUGUUUGAUGUAAUUAAGAAUUUGUCUUCAAACGGAUAUGUUGUUCCAACCAUAAUUGAAAAAUCCGUAGUCAUUUUGGACAAAUUUAAGUCAUACCCAAGAAUUGUUUCCAAAGGUAGUGAUGCUAUGAAAUGUGCUGUAGGCCCAGAACAAUUAACUGAUUGCUUAAAUAUAUUAAAAACAUCAGAACAGGGAUCAAAAGAGCAGGAUUCUGCAUUGGAAUUGUUGAGUUCUCUUUCCUAUAUUUCAUCAAUAACAGAUAAGGUCGUUCAAUCUGGAGGAAUACCAGUGCUUAUAGAAUUAAUCAAUAGUGGUUUACAGCAAUAUGAAAGUAAUCCUGAAAAAAUUUCUAGAUUAGUAGCUGGGGCAUCCAGAAUGUUGGGAAGAAUAUCCAAUAACCCUCCUCACGCCGUAAUAGUUUAUGAAUAUGGAGGUAUUGCAACACUUUGUACCGCCUUAUCCUAUUUUCCCAAUGAUGUUGAUUGUGCAGGUGCUAUAUGUAAUGCACUAAUUCCAUUCGUAUCUCGAACUAACUAUGUUAACGAAAUAAAUAGUUAUUCAUUAUUCGCAUCCUUAUUCCCUAUAUUAUACGCAUCUUUGGAGUCAAUUGAAUUAGCAAAAGCCAGUAUAUCAUGUAUAGCUUCCGCCUCAAUGAUUAAUGAAUUUCAUGAACAAAUGGUAAAUAAUCAAGCAAUAGAAAUUUUAUCCACAUGCAUCCAAUAUCAUUUAAGUGAAACUGAGUAUCUUUUAAAUUGUUUUACUGCAUACUUUAGGUUAUCAGAUUACAUAAGAACAAUUGAACCAAUAAAUCAAUACGGAGGUGUUGAAGGAAUUGCUAAUGCGUUAUCAUCUGUAAGUAGUGAUAGCACUAUAUCAGAAAUUGGUUUAAAAUUAAUAAAUAAAAUGCUUACAGCUUCGGAUGCUUUGAAUUUUUUGAGUAAUUCGCAAGUAGUUGAUUCUGUCUUAACUGUUAUGUUAGAAAAUGAAACGAAAGAAGUUAUCAUUCAAGAAGGAACGAAAAUUAUGGAGAAAUUAGCAACUGAAAGUGAUUGUCAAAGACAUAUAUCUAACUUAGAAUCAAUUAUAAAUUUGGCUCAAACGAAUCCGGAAGCUGCAUAUAAAACGUUAGCUGCCAUUUCAGGAUUAUCAAGAAUUCAGUCUUUAAAAAGUAUACUAGAGUCAAAUGGAGCUGAUAAAUCGAUAUAUAAUGGUAUGAAGGUGUGGAUUGAGUCACCAAGAUUUAAUGAGCAGCCGAAAUUAAUUAGAGCUGCGUUGAAGACUAUGAAGAUAUUAAAACAAAAUGCAUCAACUACAAUCCAUGAGUUAAUAGCUUCAAUAGUUGAUAUGAUGUGUCUUCCUCAAGUAAAAAGACUUGCCGAAAUGGAAGAACCAGAUGAUAACAUCCUUAUUACAUCCGCUGAGUGUAUAAAUUAUUUAACACAUAUAAACAAAAUAAACGACAAAGAAAUUGCAGAGGCAAGUUUAGAUAGCAUAUUUAAGCUAAUGAAGAAAUAUUCAGAAUCUCGCCUAACGCAAACAAAUCUACUUGCAGCCAUAAAUAAUAUUCUUUUAAGUGGUAAUGCUGCUGGUGCAGAAGUGUUGGUUAGUAAGGGAUACAUAAAACAUGUUGUUAACUAUAUCCACAAAGUGCCUAUGUAUGUAGAUGUUCAGAUAAUCGGAUUUAGCGUGUUAGGAAACAUUCUGAAAUUUUCUCCUGAGUCUAUAGAUUCAAUAAAAAAGGUCAAUACAUUAGUUCCAUUGCAAAAUGCCUUAAGAACACAUGUAAAGAAUUCUAAACUAAAAACGACAUGUGCUCCUCUAUUAGCAGUGUUAAUGCCAUUAGACUCCUUGACUAAAGAAAUUGAGGAUCUUCUGAAAUUAUGCAGUGAAGCCAUGAAUGAAAAUGAUUUAAUAAAACUACAUGAAUAUUUGGUUUCUUUAAAUGAAUUAUUGUUGACCGCGGAGGCAAGUAAAAUAUCUUCUCGCUGCAAUAUAGGAGAAUAUCUAAACAAUAUAGUAAAAUGGUUAAAGGAUAAUCCUAAUAUUUAUAAUAAUUUUACCAAUAAUGAUUACAGCAUUUUAGGACGAAGCUUAUAUGAUGCUACCAUUUCAGAAGUUAGUCAUGCAUGUACAAAUAUUUCUCAGACAAGAAUUGGAUUAGUGCAUUUAACGAAAAGUGACAUGACCUCUGCUCUAAUUGAUGCAUAUAACCUUUUAGAAGUACCUGGAGAUGACUACACAGAAGAAGCUGUUUCUAAUAUAUUAGAAUCGAUGUGUAUGUUGCUAAAGCAUGAUAUAACAAAUGCAGAUAUAGCAUUUAACAAAGAGUUGAUUAAGAAACUGUGUGCAGGAAUAAAUUAUUUUUCAGAAUCAGAUACUGUUUUGAAAAGUACAUUUGGAUGUUUAGCUUGUAUGUGCACAAGUGAUAAACGUGUAAAACAACUAAUUAGCAAUCCAGGGUAUGAUAAACUUAUAUCGUUGAUUGUAGAUUUAAUUGGUAAUUCAGAAAAAUUCAAAAAUUCUAGAGGAAAUGCAAUAAAGGCUUUAUACGAGUUAUUAAAAACGGAGGAUGAACAAAUUAUAAAAAAUAUAGCUAAUGAAACUGAAAUUGUGGACAAUCUAUUUAAAAUUAUGGGAGAAUAUCAAGCAGAUUUACCUAUUGUUCAAGAUAGUACAAAAUGUUUAGCAAUUAUAGCAGAUUAUAUUAAUAUAGAAGACAAAAUGAAAAUAGAUAAAUAUUCUGCAAUAAAAAUAUUGUUAGAAAGUUUAGGCAAAAAUAAGAACGAUGAAUUAACAGCACAAGAUAUAAUGACAGUGUUAAUUAAAUUAUGUAAUAGUACUGAUAAAAUGAAAUUAAGAGAAUUGGGUGCCGUAGAUGUUAUUUCUGAUGUUACAGUGAUACAUAGUGAGAACGAUGAAAUAUCCAAAUUGGGAGGGGUCUUAUUUUCAUAUAUGGGAGCUGAUGAACAAGUAAAGAAAUUGAUGAAAUUAAUAUUAAAUGUUAAAAGCAGUGACAGUGAUUCGGUACAGAAAAUUGACAAUUUGACCGGUAAAUUAGAAAUGUUUUUAAGAGCACCUUUGGAAAACCCUUUGGAUGCAUUAGAGUACACAGAAGCAACAUUACAGCAACUGAAUGGGUAUUUAUGUUCACAAUUAGAUAAUGCUUCAUUACAGGCAAAUAUUGCACUAGUUACGAAGAGGUUGGUAGAUCGUGUGAAAUAUGAUCAUGAGGAUCAAUUGGGAUCAUGGGCUGUAGCAUCGGCAGGCAUAUUAAAUCAAUAUACAGACAUGAUUGCAAACAAAGUUGGGUUAUCUAAUAGUAAAUUUGUAUCCCCUGUUUAUAGUGUUUUAGCUGGCUGUGUUUUGAAUCCAUACACGAAACAAUUAGUGCUAGAUAAACUUCCCCUAAUGUUAGAGAAUACAUACGCCUUAUUGGAGGAAUAUAAAAAUAAUCCAUAUGUUGUACAAGGUAUAUUUGAAUUUUUGGAACAGAUAGCGAAAGAUGAUGAAGGAUCUAAGUUGUUGUUUAGAAAAUGGAAUGGUUCCAUGGGUAAUUUAGUAGAUCAAACAUUAUCCAUUAUGAAUUUAAAUAGAGCAAAUGAUUGUGUUUUUAUACCUGGCAUCAAAUUAUUGGGAGCUAUUGCAGAAACAUCAAACACGUCUGGUUAUGCAAGUAAUAUGGAUAGUUCACGUAUAAUAGAGUCAUGUGGGAUGUUAUUAAAUUUGGGUUCUAGUAAGGAAAGAACGAUUGAAUUUAUAAAUUUCGUAGACACUAUGGUAGCAUCGAAUUUACUAGAUGAAAAGGUAGCUUCGGAAACAUUAAAAAAUAUUAAUUCUCUAGUAUCAGAAGAUAAUAUAUCCAAUUAUACAGAUCAAGGUCGAAUAGAACUUAUUAAGGCUUAUGCUAAUUUGUUGAAAGAUGCUGCAUCUACUGGUUUAUUUGCACAUAUUAGACAGACCGAUAAAUCUGAUGCCUUGAACAAUUUAGCAAGGUUAAUGGAAUAUGGCCAAUGUGAAGAAGUAACGGUGCCUAUUUUGGAAGCAUUAUCUGAGAUAGCUACAUGUGAUUCAACAACUUCGUUGAAAAUAAUAACCUCUUCGUUACCGCUCAUUGUUCAAAGUAAUCAUGAUAACAUUAUAAACGAUAAUGUAGCAGCAGAAUCUUUCGUAAACACAUUGGAAAAAUUAGUAUUAAUAGAAGGAAUUGGAAGACAGGUUGCUAACAAUGAAGAAUUGUAUAAAUUAUUAGAAGAGAUAGAAAUUAGCCUCGAAAAUAGGAUAAAUGAACUAGGUGAAGAUUAUGUGAAUAGUAUGAAAAUGAAAAUUAGUAAUGUGCGUACUACUAUAAAUGAUGACGUCCCUAAAGAAAAGACUUGUAAAGAUAUAUACGAUAUGUUAAAGGAUUAUAAAUCAAAAUCUAUGGAUAUUAAUGUUCUACUUGAUGCAUCGUUAGAAGAGGAUAUGAGAUAUGUAUUGCAGAAAUUAAAGAUUUAUAAUAAGGAUAAUCUUUCACCAACAACAGAAACAGGAAUAGAUAAUUCUUAUGGUUAUAUGGCAAUAGAAAUAUUUUGUGAAAAUGAUGAUAACGUGAAAGAGCUGUUAAAGAUAGAAUUUCCGACAAGUGCUUUUCAUGCGUUGAUUAAACAAAGUAAUGAAAAUGUAAAACAUUAUUCAUGUCGUGCUUUAUGUGCCUUUACGAAAAAUCCAAAGGGUUUAGAGGGUGUAGUUAAAUCGAUAAAUGAUUAUCCAAAUAUAAUCAGUAAAUCAGUUGGUGAUCUAUGUAAGGAAAGUACGUUAGAAAAAGAAGAUAAAGAAGACUUUCUCAUUAAUCGUGUUUUGUUAAUAGAUAGAACAGCUCAUAACAGAAAUGUGUAUGAUGAAACAAAUGCUAUUAAUCAUUUGAUAGAAAUAUGGAAUCAAUAUGAUCAUGGGGAUUAUUCCGUUUCUCUAUUGCGCCAUGUUUUCCGUGCUAUGAGAAAAAUUGUAUCAGAUGCACAUGUUGAUGCGUUGUUAAAAGCAGAUGUAUUAGUUCGUUUGAUAGGUAUUAUCAGUAAUGUAGAAACGGAUAAAAUUAUAUAUCCAGAUGUGUUGUUUUUAAUUGGAAGUUUAUCUGUUGUUAAAGAUAUAAAAACACAAAUUGGAGAAAUGAAGGGAAUAGAUGCAUGUGUGAAUUUAUUAUUGAGAUCAUUAAAUGUAGAAAAAAUGGAAGCAACGAUCACAAACUGCUGUUUAGCGUUAGCUAAUAUGUGCAUUGAUAACAAAGGGAAUUCAAACAUAUUUUGUGCACUAAAAGGCCCUGAUAUAAAUGUUAGAAUUCUAAGAGAAUACAGAUCUAAUUUUGAUGUAACAAAUGGUGCUUCUGUUUUAUUAUGUAAUAUUUUGUUUAGAAACGAAGAUAUGAAAAGGACAUAUGGAACAAAUGGUGCUCCUGUUGAAUUAGUCCAAUGUUUAAGAAGUUAUGAUGGAAGUGAUAACAAAAACGCAGUAAGAUGUAUUGAAAGUUUAUUUAAAGCUAUUUCUAACUUAUCCCUUUACACUGCGAAUGUGAAAUAUUUUUUAGAUGCACAGAUUGAGAUUUCUUACGAAUCAUGGUUAAAUAAAUUAAAUGAAUCUUUUCCAGACGCUGAAUUAGAAACAGGUUUACGAACAUUGUCAAAUUUAGUUAUGGAAAAUGAAGAAAGAAAUAUGAAAAAUUUUGGUGUAACAUUAAUUCCCGUAUUAAAUGUGUUGAAGCAGAAUAGAGAUAAUACCAAAGUCAUAUUUUUUUUACUUGAUAUUUUAUGUUCCUUAUGUAGAUAUCAUGAAAAUGCUAAACUGUUUGCAGAUAGUGGUGGUAUAGAAGCAACUAUAAAUGCUAUACAGUUGUAUGAUUAUGAUAUUAGUUUAUUAACCUUAGCUAUUCAUUUGUUAAGUAAUCAGUGUAAAAUUGAAUCAAGUUUACCUUUGUUAGUGAAAUCUGAUGCAUUUGGAAUUUUAAUUAGUUGUAUGGAGGCAGAAACGGAAGAAUUUGAAAUGACAGAAUUGGUUGUUUCUUCAUUAAGGUGCAUUAGACGUUUAAUACAGUCAGAAGAAUUGGCUUAUGAAUUUUGCAAUUGUGGUGGUGUACCUUCUAUAGCUAAUCUGAUAUGUAAGUCAGUUAAAAAAUCAAUAGUUAUGUUAGAAUCCUUACGUGUUUUUUUAUGUAUACUAUAUUAUACACAAAAUAUAGAAGGUGUAACAAAUGAAUAUCCAGAAGAGGAGGAGGAACUAUACAAUGCAAAAUUAGGUGGUUGGUAUAAUAUAAGCAUGGACAAAGAAAUGAUAGAUACAAUUAUCCAAUCCGUUUUAACCUGUGCAAAUGAUAAGAAUCAUCAGAAACAGCUGAGAUUACAAAAGGUGUCGCUUGGUUUGUUGGCGUAUUUUGCUUACCAUAGAUUAGGAAUUAUUUCCAUGACAGCAUCUGGUUUUGAUAAUAUAGCAAUGGAAAAUUUAAAUAAUUUUGGUGGUGAUAUUAUAAUUAUGCAAUUAUUGGCUAUAUGUAUAGACAACAUUGCUGUAUAUUCUAUAGAAGUGUAUGAUUCUAUUAUUACAAGAGACAUUAUAAAAAAUUUCAAAAAUUCUGUAUCAAAAAUGAGUAAUAAAAAAGAAGAUAAACAAAUUGUGCAGAAAGUUGAACUUACCUUAACUGCAAUGAAUUUUACAGGUGAUCCGUUAGAAGCAUUUCAAAAAUCAUUGUUAAUUUUCGAUUUUAGCUUAUCCGAAUUUGAUAAAGAUCCAUAUGUUAAUGGUGUCCAUGAUUUAUCUUCAAAUAUAAAAGAUGCAUUAAGAAAAGGAGGCAUCUGCAAAAUAUAUCAUAAUAGUGACAAAAGGAAACCAUUUAAAUGGAAGGCAAGUCAAGAUUUGGCUACUUUAGAAUGGACAAUUGGGGAUGAUUCUGACCACUUAUUUAAAAUAUCCGUAGUAAGAAUAAAAAAUAUAUCGAAAGGAUUAGCACAUCCCUCCCUAAAAGCAGGAAACAAAAGAGAACCCAGAAAAGUAAAUGCAAAGGUAACUUUAUGCAUAUACGGACCACCCACUGAGGAUUUCCCUGAAGGCUUGGAGUUGCCAAUUAAAAUGAAGUCACAGAAAGAAAGAGAUGCCUUCGUCGACUUACUUGUUUUAUGGCGUGAUGCAGCUAGCUACAAUUAUUAG